GAACGUGCUAUGGAUUGGUCACACGGACUUGGACCGGGUGACCGGCUUUGUUGCCAUAGCACGCAGAGUAGGGCGGCGGAAAAGGCGGGGACGAAGAGGAGUCAUGUGAUAAACAAGCUUGAGACGGGUGGGGGGAAGCCUCUGGUGAUCCUACAAAGCUGCUCCUCAAAGUGGGGAAGGGAGGCAGGCCGGUGGGCCCUUCUUGUCCCGGGCCAUGGCAUCCCAGUGGCAACCCUAUUCAGAUACGGCCCCGAUCCUAACCCAGGCUGAUGACACAGAGGAAGAGAAAAAGGAUGGCUUGCAAUCUGGACACAAAGAGGAAGAAGAGGUACAGACCCUCACGGGGAUUUCCUCUACUCAUGCUGGCUUCAUUGUAGGGGUCCUCUGCUUUGUCAACCUACUGAACUACAUGGACCGCUUCACUGUGGCUGGCGUUCUUCCUGACAUUGAGGAUUUUUUUAAGAUUGAUGACAGCAAAUCGGGUCUGUUACAAACAGUUUUUAUUAGCAGCUACAUGGUACUUGCACCAAUUUUCGGUUACCUGGGGGAUCGCUAUAAUCGAAAAUACCUGAUGUGUAUUGGGAUCACCUUCUGGUCAAUAGUGACUCUGGGGAGCAGCUAUAUUCCUCAGGAGUUGUUCUGGCUCCUGCUGGUUACACGAGGCCUAGUGGGUGUGGGAGAGGCAAGCUACUCAACUAUCGCCCCCACCAUUAUCGCCGAUCUGUUCGUGGGUGACCGGCGAUCCCGCAUGCUCAGCAUUUUCUACUUUGCCAUACCUGUGGGCAGUGGACUGGGCUACAUAGCGGGUUCAAAGGUGAAAGAUGUGGCUGGCGACUGGCAUUGGGCCCUGAGGGUGACUCCAGUCCUGGGGGCAUUGGCAGUGAUACUGUUGAUAACUGUGGUGCGCGAGCCACCUCGGGGAACUGUGGAAACACACUCUGAUGUCCCCCUGCAAUAUACUUCAUGGGCAACUGACUUGGGGGCCUUAAGCCGCAAUCGCAGUUUUAUACUGUCUUCGCUAGGCUUCACAGCUGUGGCGUUUGUAACAGGCUCCCUGGCUCUAUGGACACCAACAUUCCUACACCGCUCACGUCUGGCCUCUGGAAGUCUCCAGCCUGCUCCCACAGGGAAAGCUUCCAACUCUGAUAGUCUCAUCUUUGGCGUUAUCACUUGUGUGACUGGCGUGCUGGGCGUCAGUGCGGGGGUGGAGAUUUCCCGGCGCUGGCGACGCACCAACCCCCGGGCUGAUCCCCUGGUGUGUGCAACUGGAUUGCUGGGCUCCGUCCCUUUCCUGUUCCUGGCGGUGGUGAGCGCUCAGCAGAGCAUUGUUGCCACUUACGUAUUUAUCUUCAUUGGUGAGACGCUCCUCUCCCUCAACUGGGCAAUAGUGGCUGACAUGCUUUUGUAUGUUGUCAUCCCCACACGCCGAUCCACAGCUGAAGCUUUCCAGAUCCUGCUGUCCCAUCUUCUGGGUGAUGCUGGGAGCCCUUAUCUCAUUGGCCUGAUCAGUGACCAAAUCCAGCGUGAUCGUCCCAUAUCGUACCUGUCGGAGUUCCGAAGCCUUGAAUACGCGCUUAUGGUCUGUGCCUUUGUGGGAGUUAUUGGUGGUGGCUUCUUCCUGGCCACGGCUUGCUUCAUCCAGGCAGACCGUAAGCGCACAGAGCUGUAUGUCCAAGGGCAGUUCCAUGAGCCGUCGGAACGCGAAGAUCGCAUUGUUGUUCCUCAGCAUGGGCGAUCAACAAAAGUCCCCGUCUCUAGUGUCUUGAUCUGAGGCCCACCCCAUACUGUUCCUUCAGUCCGGGAAAGAAGAGUGGACUUGUUACCAGCUGAGCAUGGCACUCACGGGGAUAUGAGGACUCUCUGAAUGAACCCAAGCGGGUGGCCUUGAGGGUGGUAGAGGAAAGUCAAAUUUUGUGUGUGUGUGUGUACUUGGGAGUUUUAUAAAGCACUAACUUUA